CUGUACCCGGGCUGUGGUGCCUGCUGGUGGGCUGGCGGUGGGGCUCUGCUGGGGUGGCUGGAGGGUCCUCUACAUCGCACUGCGCACCAUCAGGAGAGACAUGGCGGGUCUGGUCAUGGUUCUGCGUGUGCGGGCGGGCCUGUGCCAGCACCACAGCCUGGGCAGCACUGUUCCGUCCCUGUUCAGCCAGCGGGUGGCGCUGCACCCAGACAAGCCUGCUCUGGUGGACGACCACUCCGGAGAGGUGUGGACCUUCAGGGAGCUGGCGGAGCAGAGCCAUGCUGUGGCUCACUGGGCUCUUGCUCAGGGCUGGGAGCCGGGCGACGUGGUGGCCCUCUACCUGGAGAGCCGCCCCUGGUGGUGAGUAGGCGGCAUGACGACAAGAAUAAAGACGUAGAAACAAAUGAUUAAAACCUGCGUCUUGAUGACCUAGGUGGCCCUGUGGCUGGGCCUCGCUAUGAUUGGUGUAGAGGCCGCGCUCAUCAACUACAACCUGCGACGUGAUUCGCUGCUGCACUGCCUGGGCGUGGUCCAGGCCAAAGCAGUGG